AUGACCGCGGCGCACUCGAUGACGGCUCCGACAUUGCGCCUCCUUGGCACAGCUUCACUUCCGCUUGCACUUUCGGCUCGAGCAGCAUCGGCCAGCAAUGUUCAAAAGUUCGUCUAUCGUCGCUACCAUGUCUCGACGGUCUGGAAUGAUGACAAAGGCAAGUCGAGCUCGAGCAGCCUUAAAGGGUCGAAAGCAGCCUUCAACCAGCGACAGAUCCUCGACGAGCUGCGCGCCUCCACCUCCUCGUCAACCUCUUCGUCACUCUCGGAAGCUCAACCUCGCCCACGUUUCAAUGCAACCGCAGAAGCUGCGCUAGACGCUGCCUCAGGAUCAAGAGGAGGUGGCAUCCCCCUAGGCGUGGCGGGACUCUCUGCAGGCGGUGGUCUCAGCUCGCAGCCCACGCUCAUAGAUCGAGCCACAGGGCAGGGCAAACCAUGGUCGCAGCUGAAGACGGGCCAAAAGGUAGCACGUGCCACUGUCCAGUCAUCUCGAGCAACCCUCAUCUUCGGCGGAGGCGCUCUGACGUUUGUGCUCAUCUAUGCACUCACCAGCGAGCUCUUCGCCAAGAACAGCCCCACCGUGAUCUACGCAGACGCAUGCAAGCGCGUACAGAAGAGCGCAGAGAUCGGCAACCACCUUUUGAUGCCGUAUCGAUUCCGCACAUCUCCCACAGUUGAGAGUGGAUCGAGCGACUUCUCACCGCUCAACCCGCCCUCGGUCAAGGACAGGAGACGGUCCCGCUCGGUGCCUUCGGUCUCGUUCACGGACGAGCGAACAGGCGAGGAAAAGAUGCUGUUGCGAUUCUGGAUCGGAGCGCGGGAGAAGGGAGAGGAGUGGUCGAUCUGGGACACGGCACGGUAUGAGAUCGUCGAGGCAGGCAAGUGGACAGGUCGCAAGAUCAUGGAGGGUGGAGAAUGGCUCGGCGAGCAACUCGGCGUCGACCUCGGGUCGCAUUACGAUGCUGACGGCGACAAAGAAGCCGGCUCUAUCGCCAGCACCUCAUCAUCCGGAGCAGAAGCGAAUGCUCCAUCGGAUAACGUGCUGAGCCGAACAUGGAGCUCGGCCCUCGGCGGCAUCGGCAGUGUGGUACGAAGCUCAACAGAGGCCAUCACCUCGACCCUUACCUCCCCGACCGCACCAAAGUCUCGCCGCUCCUCCGAACCCGGCACGUGGUCCACGGGCGAGGUGCAUGCAGAGCUGGUCAAGGACCAAGAUGGUACUCUGCAGUACCGCACGCUUUUCGUCGAUGUUCCGAAUUCGCAGGCGUUCAUGCGCCAGCGGGUGUGGAUCGUUCGCAAGCCGGGCGACGUGCAAAGGUGA